GCGUCACCUGGAACCCCAGAGGGGUCUGAUUUGGGCCGACUUGGACUCUGUGAAGUAUGGGUAUCUCAGGGCUAUUGCCUCUCCUGAAGCCCAUUCAGACUCAGAGGCACCUGUCUGAGUUUGCAGGGCAAACACUUGCAGUUGAUGCAUACGUAUGGCUACACCGCGGAGUAUAUGCAUGUGCCACAGACCUUGCACUAGGAAAGAAAACAACCAGAUAUGUGGAUUAUGCGAUGCACCGAGUCCGGCUGCUCUUGCACCAUAGUAUUCAACCGUUCAUUGUAUUUGAUGGAGGUCCACUUCCAGCCAAGGCACCUACUGAAAAAGCAAGGAAACAGCGAAGGGAAGAUAGUCUCGCAAAAGGCAAAGACCUUGCGAAGCAAGGCAAACUCAAGGAAGCGAGGGAUUAUUUCGUCAAGGCUGUGGACGUGGGUACAGAGAUGGCAUUCCAGUUAAUCAAGGCGUUGAAGGCAGAAGGGAUUCCGUACAUCGUCGCGCCCUACGAAGCCGAUGCGCAGCUAGCGUAUCUAGAGCGCAAGGGCGUCGUCGAUGGAAUCAUCACGGAAGAUUCUGAUCUCUUGGUCUUCGGAUGUAAGACUGUAUUGUUCAAGCUCGAUGCGGUUUCCGCGACGGUCACAUGUAUUUCUCAGAGCGACUUUGCUUCUGUGGACGGCUCGAACGGCAGUGGCAUUUCGUUGCAGACAUUCACGCCGUCUCAGUUCCGCCAAAUGUGCAUGCUGAGCGGAUGCGAUUACCUGCCCUCUAUACCAGGCAUCGGGUUGAAGACUGCCUAUACCCUGCUCAGAACCCACAAGACUGUGGAAAACGUGGUGAAGGCCGUGAGGUUCGAAGGAAAGAAGAAUGUGCCGAAGGAUUACAUUAAGAUGUUCCGCUUGGCUGAAAAAGCAUUCUUCUACCAAAGGGUCUGGGAUCCUUUCGAGGGAAAACUCGUGUGCCUAACCGAGGUUCCCGAAGGCGAAGAGCUAGAUGAAGAGUGCUAUUGCUUCGAGUGGCGAAUAUUUCAUUGA